GUGGGUAACAAGAUAUGACAUCAUCGUAAUUUUAUUUGAAAAACUACAAUUUAUCAAACAGAUCAUUCUGAUUUGAUACAAAAUUUUAUUCUUGCGUUAGUUUAGAAUAAAUAAGGAUUGUGAUUUUUGUUGGAGCUACAACGUGUAAAUAUGUGGAGCAUUGCAAUAAAAAUUCUCGCGACAGCAACAUUUAUGUUCUUCGCUUAUGUUUCAGGACAGACGAUGAGUUUACAGCCAAGUACGAUAUCUGUGGGUUGGGACGUUGCUCCAACGGAAGUUGUUGUGAUGGAAUGUAAAUCGGAAAGUUUGAUUUCUGCCCAGUCAAUAUAUUCAAUGUACAUCAGACGGGAAUCAAUUCCUUUCGCUCAAAUACACGUAGGAAAAGCAGCUGAAAUGAGUCAAAAUGCACCAAGUGAUAUUAAAGUUAAGACACCCACAUUGGACGGAAUUAUUGAUGUAAACAACGUUUAUAACAGUUAUUUGAAAGCAACAUUUCUAGUUUCAAAAAUGGACUGUAACGAUGCUAAGUUGUACCAAUGUGCUGUUACUUACAAACCAAUCGGCAUGGACACAACGUUAGGUAUUGCUGAAAUGACACUACGCGUAAUUAAUGUGCGACCGAGAGACCUACAAAUAAGCGCUGCACUCAUUCAUGAAUAUGGUGUUGACCCUAUUCAGAACCAGUCAAUUAUUUACAAAGGGGAACAGGUAGAAUUCUCAUGCACUGGUUACAUUGGUAGCUCACAGUCUACAAUUAUAGAAUGGUUCAAGAAAAAGCCACCAUACAUGUUCUUUCAGAGACAUUUCCCUACACAAGCAAACGACACUAUAGAUGACGGGUUGACAGUCUCUACACCAUGCGAAUACAUGCGCACCUCUAAACUUCGCUUCACUAUAACGUCUGCGGAAACUGCUAGUGCUGCGUUCAGGUGUGAGGUGGCGACACAUAUCUAUUCCGGUGGAGAAGUAAGAGUACGUUCCGAGGAGUUUCAUUUAUUACCAGUGCUGCCGAGAGACCUACAAAUCAGCGCUGCACUCACUGAUGAAUAUGGUGUUGUGCCGAUUCAGAACCGGUCACUUAUUGACAGAGGGCGGCAGGUAGAUUUCUCAUGCAGAGGCUACAUUGGUAGCUCACAAUCUACAAAAAUACAAUGGUUUAAGAAAAUUCGUCCAGAAGGGUUAUUUCAGAGACACUUCCCUACACAAGCAGACGACUUUAUAGAUGACGGAAUACCUGUUUCUACUCAAUUUCAAUACAUGCGCACCUCAAAAUUACGAUUCACCAUGACAACUGAGGAAACAACAAGAGCUGCGUUCCGGUGUGAGGUGGCAACACAGCUCUCUUUCGGACGAGAAGUACGUGUACGCUCGGAAGAAUUUCAUUUAACACCAGGUUUCUGUGCUAUAAAUCAAUUAAAUGGAGCGAACAGAUUUACUGCAUGUGCGAGUGUCUUAUUUUGGACUUCAAUUUACGUAUUUUUAACCACAGUUUGCUGUAAAUAAUACUAGAUGUAUGAAAUAUUGUAUUAGUUUUUGACUGUAUUAUAAACGGUAGAUACAAUAUAGCACUGUAUUCUGUAUUACACUUAAAGGUUAUACUAUAUUAACAACUUUCUUACUUCAUCGUGCGAGGUACACAACUCAUACGAGCCAUUUAGAUCGCACGAGUCACGCAUAAAUACAGAGGAUGAAUCAAUUAAAUAAACACUAUGGUUCUUCUCAGUGUUGCUGACUGAAGAACAAAUAAGAUAUAAGAAACAUAUAAAUCAUUAAAAACUUCGUUAAAGAACGUAUAUUAACAGAUUAGUAUAUUCCUAACAACGAAUAUAUGGAAUGUUGACUUCCUUAUGAUUUAUCUAAUUCAACUUGAAAAGAAAAAGGAAACAACAAAAUGUGCGUAGUAAACUAAGUGUUAACGUGUUUAAGUACACGCGUUUGGUGUUAUAUUUGUUUUAAAGAGAUAACUCUACUAUAAUAACAUAAUAAUCUUGUUUGUAUAAAUAUGCGAGGUAUAAGUUUAAAGUACAUGAAUUGCGCAUGUGAACAAUUUUGUUAGCAAUUCUUUUUAACAUGAAUAGAUAUCUUUGUUAUUGAAAACUUUCUUGUCUGAAUAAAAUUUCAUUAUGCAAAUGUA